AUGCUCAGCUUCACAAUCUCAAGCUCCAAGUUCCUCGCACACAACCGUCCGCCACGAGCAAAGAUCGGACUGCUUAUGGCCCUUUCUCUCUCCAUGCCUCUGUGCUCCUCUAGCGUCCCGUCAGCGCUGAAGAGCUCUCCUAGUGCACUGCGAGCCGAGCUCUCUGGCAAGGCCGGCAAUUGGACGGUCGGGAUCUGCUUGCUCCCGACUCCCUCCUCUCUUAGCGCGAACCGCCUUGUCGCAAAACCGAAUUCUCACUCCGCUAUCAAUUCAGGACGCCGGUCUAUUUUCGUGUCGGGAAUCUCGUCUGCAAGGGCAAGACCAUCAGUGACCAUGGCUGCUGCAGCGGCAACCACGGAGGCCGCAGCGGACGUUAAAGAGAACCCGCUUCUGUCGCUGAAUCCCGCGUCGAUUCCGCUGUUCGACAAGAUCGAGCCCAAGGACGUGGUGCCGGGCAUGCGAGCCAUUCUCAAGGAAGUGGAGGAGCAGCUGGACGAUCUCGAGAAGAACGUGAAGCCCACGUGGGCGGGCCUCGUAGAACCCCUGGAGCGACUGCAGGACCGGCUGAGCAUCCCGUGGGGCGCGGUGAACCACCUGAACGCGGUGAAGAACUCGGACGAGCUGCGGGCGGCGUUCGAGGAGGUGCAGCCGGACGUUGUCAAGCUCUCGCUGCGCCUGGGGCAGAGCCGCCCGCUCUACGACGCGUUCGUCGCGAUUAGGGCAGAUGAGAAGCUGUGGGAGAGCCUUAGCGUCGCUCAGAAGCGCGUUGUCGAGUCGGAGCUCAUAUCCGCCAAGACGAGCGGAGUUGCGUUGGAGGGCGAGGCAAAGGCGCGGUUCAACGAGAUACAGCAGGAGGUGGCGCAGCUGAGGACCAAGUUCCAGAACAACGUUCUUGACGCCACCAAGCGCUUCCUGCGCAUUGUCACUGAUCCUGCUGACGUGGCGGGCCUGCCUCCCUCCGCGCUGGGCUUGGCCGCUCAGGCUGCUGUUGGCAAGGGACAUGAAGGAGCCACAGCAGAGAACGGGCCGUGGGCCUUCACUCUCGACAUGCCCUCAUACCUGCCUCUCAUGCAGCACUGCCGCAAUCGGGGCUUGAGAGAGGAAGUGUAUCGCGCCUAUGUAACCCGUGCUUCAGACGGUGACAUUGACAACACCCCGGUGAUCACACGCAUUCUGCAACUCAAGCAGGAGAAGGCCAAGCUGCUGGGCUUUAAGUCCCACGCUGAGGUCCCCAUGCAGUGGCGCAUGGCCACGAUAGAGAGCGCGCACAAGCUGGUGGAGGACCUCAGGGACGCUGCCUUUGACAUCUCCGUCAAAGAGCACGAGGAGCUGAAGGCAUUCGCCAAGGAGCAGGGCGCGGAGGAGGCGGACGACCUGCGGCAGUGGGAUGUGACGUUCUGGGGCGAGCGGCUGAGGGAGGCGCGGUACGAGCUGACGCAGGAGGAGCUGCGGCCCUACUUCUCCUUCCCCGCGGUCAUCGAUGGGCUCUUCAAGCUCGCCUCGCGCCUCUUUGACGUCUCCUUCCAACCCGCUGAUGGGGAGGCACCGAUAUGGAACCCAGACGUACGGUACUAUAAGGUCACUGACUCCUCUGGCAACACCGUGGCCUCGUUCCUCCUCGACCCCUAUUCGCGCCCGGCGGAGAAGCGAGGCGGUGCGUGGAUGGACGGCAUCUGCAACCGCAGCGCCCUCUUUGCCGCCCCUGGCACUGCUGCCCGCCUGCCUGUGACGCACAUUGUGUGCAACCAGACGCCCCCUCUUGGGGACAAGCCCAGCCUCAUGACCUUCAAUGAGGUGGAGACACUGUUCCACGAGUUCGGGCACGCGUUGCAGCACAUGUUGACGAGGCAGCAGGAGGGGCUGGUGGCGGGGAUCAGCAACGUGGAGUGGGAUGCCGUGGAGCUGCCCUCGCAGUUCAUGGAAAACUGGUGCUACCACAGAGCCACGCUUCUAGGCAUAGCUCGGCACUACGAGACAGGCGAGGUGCUCCCCGAGGAGCUCUACCAGAAGAUUGUGGCGGCCAAGAACUUCCGCUCCGCCACCAUGACCAUGCGCCAGCUCCACUUCGCAUCUGUGGACCUGGAGCUGCACUGCUCGUUUGACCCCGAGGGCCAGGAGUCCAUCUACGAUGUCAACAACCGCGUGGCGGAGCGCAUGCUCGUGCUGCCGCCGCUGCCCUCUGACCGUUUCCUCUGCUCCUUCCUCCACAUCUUCGCUGGCGGCUACGAUGUCGGCUACUACAGCUACAAGUGGGCGGAGGUGCUCUCAGCUGAUGCUUUCGCAGCGUUUGAGGAGGCGGGGCUGGAUGACGAUGAGGCGGUGAAGGCAACAGGGCACAAGUUCAGAGAUACAGUGCUGGCUCUUGGGGGAGGCGCUGCUGCCAAGGAUGUGUUUGCCGAGUUCCGAGGACGGCAACCGUCAAUCGAACCUCUGCUUCGGCACAAUGGUCUGGUGCCAGAGCCAGAGCUCUCUCUCGUUGCCGUUCGACUACACUCUGAUUCCGCUCCGGGUCGUUCUGUCACUACCAUCAUGUUCGUUGGUAGAGAUGGCGGAGAAGCACAGGCAUCCACGUCAUCGGCCGUGGGUGCCGACGCCAACAUGGCAACGCUAGCAACAGCACAGACCGUAGGCCCGUCCACGUCAGCAUCCCCAAUUGUAACCAUUUCAGCUCCAGGCUCAUCACCCAAUGACUCGAACCCGUAUUCAUCCGCAAAAACUAAUCAUGUGACGUCUUCCAAUCAAGUGACGACAUCUGUAACUCCGCGAACCAACACCCAUCAGGGCCUUCGGCACUGCCAGCAGCAUGGAGCAGCGUCGUCGCAUCCUAACCAUCCAUCCACACAACUGCCACCACAUCGACGACUAGGGAGGAUUGCGCGUAGUUUAUCAUCUAAGGUCGACGGAGGCGCUAUGAUCGGUUCGUUGCUUCGAGCCGCGAUGGCGGGAAUCUCGCUCAAGCGGGUUUUCUACACCGUCCUCGUUAUAGGAUUCAUCGUUGUGGGCCUUGUCGCAAUCAACGUCGAACAACUGCUCAAGAGCUUUCUCCUGUGGCUCAAGAACGACGUGGGCGUGUGGGGUCCGGUCAUCAUGGCCCUCGCGUAUAUACCACUAAAUAUUCUCGCACUUCCGGGCGCUAUCCUAACUCUGGGAGGGGGCUACGUGUUCGGGCUGCUGGUGGGCUUCGUCGCGGACUCGCUCGGCUCCACGGCCGGCGCCACCGCCGCCUUCCUCGUCGGCAAAACCAUCGGGCGCUCAUACGUGUCGGCGAAGCUCAAGGAGUACCCGCAGUUUCAACCAGUCGCACACGCCAUCUCCAAAUCCGGAUUCAAGAUAGUGCUGCUGCUGCGGCUGGUGCCCAUCCUGCCGUUCAACGUGAUGAACUACGUGCUCUCUGUGACGCCCAUCAGCCUCUCCUCCUACGUCCUCGCCUCCUGGAUAGGCAUGAUGCCCAUCACAUUCACCUUUGUGUAUCUGGGCACCACCAUAAAGGACAUUUCAGAGAUCGGAUCCCCGGGAGCUGCUGGGGCCUCACAAUGGGUCAGUGGUGGUGCUUAUGGGGAAUGGUGCUUGUGGGUGGAUGCUGCUUAUGGGGAAUGGUGCUUGUGGGUGGAUGCUGCUUAUGGGGAAUGGUGCUUGUGGGUGGAUGCUGCUUAUGGGGGAUGGUGCUUGUGGGUGGAUGCUGCUGAUGGGGAAUGGUGCUUGUGGGUGGAUGCUGCUGAUGGGGAAUGGUGCUUGUGGGUGGAUGCUGCUGAUGGGGGAUGGUGCUUGUGGGUGGAUGCUGCGUAUGGACUAUCGUGUGUGCUGCUGUUCUCUGACAUUCAUGUGCCACCCCAACCCAAACCCAUCCACCCAAGUCUCGCUGCAUGUGGUAUCUAG